AUGCGCACACAAAACAUUGAUCUAGGUCGGAAUAAAAGAAAAUUUCAAGAAGAAUGUGAGGAUAGUAAUCCUCUUGAUGAAGACCUAAUAAGAGUAAUUGAUGAUGAAGUUUCCAAUGUUAAUGUAUCAAGGCAAGAACCUUCUACUCAAAAGGGAAAGCAUAUUGGUCACUUAGGUGACUACUUCAUGCCUAGAACAACUCCAGGAGCUCAACCGACCUUAAGAAGUGCGGUGCAAAGUAAAGAAGUGAUUGAAAAGUGUGACAUUGCCAUUGCAAAAUGGAUGUUUGAUGCUCCUGUGCCAUUUAAUGCAGUUAAUUUGGCAUAUUAUCAACCUAUGAUUGACGCUAUUUGUAGUAUGGGUCCAGGGUAUAAAGCUCCAAAUAUGCAAAGAGUUCGUGGCUUUUUGUUAAGUAAGUGGGUUGAUGAAGUGAAGAAACUUGUUGAGAGUUAUCGUAAUGUUUGGAAGCAAACUGGAUGUACACUUAUGGCAGAUGGGUGGACUGAUCGAUGUGGGAGAACUUUCAUCAAUUUUCUGGUUUAUUGUCCUAAAGGAACAAAUUUUCUGAAAUCUGUUGAUGCUUCUCAACAUUCAAGAAUUCCAGAAUUGUUGUAUAUGCUUUUCAAGGAGGUGGUCUUAUUCGUUGGGGCCGAAAAUGUUGUUCACAUAGUGACAGAUAAUGCUCCAAAUUAUGUUGCUGCUGGAAGGUUAUUAGAAGCUGAGUUUCCUAAAUUAUUUUGGUCUCCUUGUGCAACACACUGUGUUAAAUUGAUGUUGCAGGAUAUUGGAAAGCUCGAGGAUGUAAGUGAGACUAUGCAACAAGCUUCAAAAAUUACAAAGUACAUUUAUAACCACUGUUAUGCAUUGUAUUUGAUGAGAAAGCAUACAUGUGGAGGAGGAAUUCUUCGUUCUGCUCAUACUAGCUUUGCAACUAAUUUCAUUGCACUUCAAAGUAUUUUGGCUAAAAAAGAUUCACUAAGAGUCAUGGUUACAUCUAUGGAGUGGAAAAGCUCAACUUAUGCCAAAGAUGCUCGGGCAAAAAUAUUUGUGGAGCAGGUCUUGGAUUAUGGGUUUUGGAAAAAAUGUGUUGAUAUUGUCGAACUUACUGAGCCACUUGUUCGUUUGUUACAUCUUGUUAGUGAAGAUAAACCUGCCAUGGGUUUUAUUUACCAAGCUUUUUAUAAAGCUAGAGAGGAGAUGGUGAAGAGGUUCCAAACAAAUAAGAAGAAAGUAGAGCCUUACUUGAACAUCAUAGAUGGUCAUUGGGAUUCUCGACUUUGUAAAAAUCUUAAUGCUGCAGGUUAUUGGUUGAAUCCAGCUUGUCGGUUUAACCUUGAAGAUUAUGAAAAGCAUAAGAUCACAAUAACUGGCCUUUAUGAUGGAUUGAAAAAUCAAUUGUGGGAAUCUUAUGGAAGCAAUGCACCACAUUUGCAAAAGUUAGCUAUUCGUGUUUUAAGUCAAACUUGUAGUGUUUCGGGUUGUUAUCGAAAUUGGAGUGUAUUUGAGCACAUUCAUUCAAUAAAAAGAAAUAGGUUGGAGCGUCAAAAACUUAUUGAUCUUGUCUUUGUUCGUUACAACUUGAGGCUACAACAAAGGAGCCGGUUGAAGCGUCAAAGUUAUGAUCCCAUCAAUUUUGAAACAAUUGAUGACCAUUCUGAUUGGGUAUUGGAGGAGUCACCACCAUUCUUAACCAAUGAGGAGGUGGAUGCAUUGCAUAAUGAUCUUGCCAAUAUAACCAUACAACCAAUUUCAGAUGAUAUUGAUCAAUUAAAUUUGGAUGAUGAUGCUGCUGCAUAA